GCUUAUUCAACUAUCAUGGAUAAAGAAGAUGAUGUGGAUUCAAAAAAAGAGUCUAUUAUAUCUAGGUUUACUCUCGAUGGUGUUGUUGUUGAUGAGGUAAUUGAAGUUGAUGAAGAUAAUGAACAUCUGUCUCAUAAGACAUUAAAAAUAAAUGAUCUAGAAGAUUGUAAAGAGACGAAAACUUACUCUAGUGAGAGCGAUGAUUCUCCCAUUAAGAAAUCUUCAUUUGACAAAUGUGUACAGCAAGAAACAGAUGUACUUCCUGAACAGACUGAAAGAAAAGCUGAGGAUGAUUACUCUCCAAGAAAUGAAAAUUAUUUGAGUGUUAAUGAUGGGGAAAAUUCUGUAAAUGAGGAAAAUAUUUCAUCUCGAAAGGAAACUGAAAAAGAUUGCUUGAAAGAGAAUAAAGAACUAGACUCAGUUUCCAACAAUGAGAUGGAAGCUGAUCAGUCUCGGGAUGAAAGAAAUAAUUUGACUCACAAAGAACUUGAACUGGAUCAUUAUUCCAGUGAAGUAACUGAAGUGAAUGAAAAUGGGAAAAAAAAAAGUAAAUCAGGUCUGAACAAAAAUCUGAAUUCACUUCCAUCUCAGAAAGAAAUUGAGGCUGAUGAGCCACAAGACCAUGAAUCUGGAUUAGAUAAACUUCAUGGAAAAGAAAAAGAAUUAAGGAGCAGAAAAAGAAAAAUCGAAACUGUAACUCCAAAAAUAAAAGUAGAAGUUGAUGAAAAAGAUGAUGUUCAAGAUGUUCAAAUAUAUUAUCCAACAAGGAAAAGAAAGAAAACUGCUAAUACUUCCGAAGGUACUGAAGAUCAAAUUAAAACAGAAAUAGUUAAAACUCCAGACUCUAAAACAAAAGCUGCAUUUGAGCCACUUGAUGUGAAACCUAGCAUUUAUCAAAUGCUUUGUGCAAACAGAAGAGUUGUAAAAUUAGGUGAUAUACCUUCAGUGGCGGAGCGUAUUAAGAGAACAAAGGUUGAUCUUGUUCACCUUUAUCGAUUGUUAUUCUCACGAUCUCCAAAAGAUCAUUCUAUGCAGGAGCAUAUAAUGAAAGGAGCAAUCUUGAAUUUCAAGGGGUUUCCUUUUGAUGAAAAUUCUUCUCAGUUUCUCAAGAGGAAGCAGAUGUUAGAAAGUUUGGAAUUCUACCGUGUUAUUGCAAUCUGCAAUGUAUUAGGUUUUUGUAAAGAAAGCAAGUCUGCUAUGGUUUCUAAAAUUUUAGAAUUUUUAUUGAAACCAUAUGAUAUUAUGGGUGUAAAGAAAGAUCUGUCUAUGCAACCAUAUGUGAAGCUGGAAAGGUUGUCAUUAGAUAAUUAUGUUGUCAGUUCUGAUGAAGAAAAAGCUGAUAGUGGCCGUUCAUUAAGAAAAAGGAGAGCUAGUGCAGCUAAAGGGAGUGAACCAGUUAAAUCUCCAGCUGUGAAGGCUAAAAAUGUUACACUUACUAGAACAAAAACACCUUUAAGAAGUGUAAAAAUCAAGCAGUUUGGUUCAAAAAAGAAAGCUAAACCUGUAAGACCGACUGUUUCAUCUGAAUCUGCAAAGUCUGCUGUUAAAUCUGAAGCUAUAAAGUCUUCUGUUAAAUCUGAAUCUUUAAAGUCGGCUGUUAAAUCUGAGUCAAAGUCUGCCACUAAGCAUGGAUCUCAAAAGCCUGGCACAUCCAAGUCACAAAAACCUAACAUCACACCAGAUUUGGAGAAAAUUAGUAAUGUUACUGAACCUUCUCCUGUUGCAUCUGAAGUAGAAACAGAGGCUAAAGGAAGCAUUAUGAAAAAGGAUGUUGCUGAAAAUACUGUUUCUAAUGAAGUUAGUCAAGAAAAUAAAGAGGAUGAAAAGUCCAAAGCUGCAAAGAAGACCUCUCCUGUUAAAAAAAUUGUGCACACUCGCAAAGGCAGACCUUUAAGAGUUUUUCCUAAAAUAAACCAAAGUAUAAAGAAUGCCAACUUUAGUGCACUUCAACGUCUGCAUAUAUUGUUAUUUGGUGCCUCUGACAAGGCUGAAAAUUUGAAAGGAAACAUUUUAGCCUUUGGUGGCUUCCCAUUUCUAGAAGGCUCAGAAGAAUGGAAGCAAAAGCAAUUCUUGCUAUCUCUCUUGGCUCAAAAUACUCUGCAUGAAUACUUGAAUUUACUAUGUAUAGAACAUGGUGAUGAUGAUCAGCCCACAAUGAUUAAUAAACUGAUGAAAUUCCUUGCAGCACCAAAUGAAACUACUCAAGAAGCUGAAGCAACAGAUAUUGAAACUAUGGCUGUUUCCCCUGAACUCACUAAUAAGAAACCUGUGCAGCAACCUGUAAAAGUUGAGCCGUCCAAGAAAAAAGGGAAGAAACUGAAAAAGAAAUCAGAAGCACGGCCUCGGAAAGCUUUGAUGAGUGAUACUGAAGUCAGACGCUUGGAAGCAGAAAUAGCUAGAGCCCAACGAAUUCUUGAUCGCGAAAAAAGGAUUAAUGAAUCACAAGUUAAAAUGCUACCUGUUAAAACAAGUACCCCUCAGAAGCCUAAGGGACUCCCUAUGAAGACAGAGUCACUAAUUACAAAGCAAGCAGAUGUGGAUCAAAUAAAUGCCUUAUUACAAACUGUUUAUAAACGAAGAGCACUGAAAGCUGCUGGUGCUGUCAUUUCAACGCCAAAUAAAGGAACAAAAACAAAACUUGGAGAUCUUGCAAAUGUGAAAUUCUUGGUUGUUACUGCUAAUUAUAAUGAUCUGAGUGUUCUGCAUCAUCUGAUUUUUAUGGCGGAAGCUAAUAAAGCAAAAAUUAGAAAAAACAUACUUGAUUUUGAUGGAUUUGGAUUCAAUGAAGAUUCUAAAAAAUAUAAACAAAGAAUGGACUUCUUGAAUAGACUCGGAUAUGAUAUUUCAAAAAGGAUAGCUUUCCUUUUAGGUCUUUGCCCUUUUCAGACAGACAUUCCACAACAAGACUUGAAUGAACUGAUAAUGUAUUUUCUCAUGUCUCCAUGUAUUACAAAACAAGUUCCUAUAACUCAGUUGCCACAAACCUUCUUUAGACAAGAAUUGCCAAAAGAAUUAAGCUCAAUUUUGCAGAAUAAUGAAGAGGAAGGUGUAUCCAAAUCUAUUAUGGUUAUGAAGUCACCAAGUCCAAGCAGUAAAGAGGAAACCUCUGCUAACGUUGGAUUAAACAUGCCAGGACCUAGCAGUGGUCAAAAAGCAAAAAAAUCAUUGAGACCAUCUGCUGUUACCUUACCUCCAAUGAAAAAAAAGGUCUUAUCUACUACAGGUUCACAACAAAAUAUUACACAGAGAAGUCUAAUCAAAUCUCCAACUAGUAAUACAGCACCAACAGUUCAACAACAGUUUUCUAAGUCUUUACUCACUAUUGCGAAUUCUAGCAACACCCAACCUAGUGUUUCACCAUCACUUGCUAAUAGAAAAAUCCUUAUAAAAUCACCUCCAGUUAUUUCUUCACCACAAGAAUAUUUUAUUCAGCAACAAACUCCUGAUGGCCAACAAAAAACAUUCAAAGUUAUAAGAUUUGCACAACCACCUCCAGUAACUUCAGUGUUUACUGCAAGAUCUCCUCAACCUCCUGUCAGAAUACAAGCACCUACAACUCCAGUAAACAUGUCCAUUGCUGGUGCUACGCUGCCACCUGGUAUAAUAUUACUUAAAAAUAAACCAUCUUUGAUAGCUCAGCCAGUUCCAAAUUUAUUGCAGAGUGUUCCUUUUGUAAUUAACCAACAAACAAACAGAAUAACUGGUUCAGUUGCUGUCUCAAAUUCAAUAAAUGUAGUGCCACCAAGCAGUGAAGAAUAUGUUUUGCCUGAUGAAGUGAAUGCAAAAUCAAGUGCUAUUAAUUGGAAUGAAGAAGAUGUGGAGGUGUUGCAUCCUUUAGAAGACAAUCCCCCUACUGUAAGUUUUCUUACCACGAAAUCUUUUGUCUGCUUACAAUGUUUUGUAGUUGAUAAAUGUCCUGGACUGACUAAUUUCUAUUAUAAAA